AUGGUACCCUCUGCUCGAUGUAUCACUCCUGUUCUUGCAACUCUCCUUCUGCUGUCUGGGAUAUCCUUGUGCGAUGCCGCUGCUUCUGCGAUGCGAAACCGGGGACCUGCUGGACAGACUAUGACCUUGGCGAAGCGUAUUCCUGCAAUCCGGACAGUUGACGAAUGGGGUGAAUGGGCGAAGAGCGAAAGGUUGGCCUUGGAGGCCAAGUACGGGGACCAGCCCAAGACACGCAAAAGGAGUACUGGGACGAACUACUACUUUGGCUCGCUUGCCAUAGGCACUCCGCCUGUUUCGUACAACGUUAUCUUGGAUACUGGCUCAGCGUCUGUACCACUCUCGUCGUUUCACGUCGCGUUGAGACUCACCCCGUUGCUCAGUGAUCUAUGGGUCGCCGGGAGCAACUGUACCACCGGCUGUACGGACGUCGCAACAUUCAACCCCUCCUCCUCCUCAACCUUCCAAAACGAAUCAUCCGCUUUCACCAUCACCUACGGUUCCGGUCAGGCCGCUGGUUUUCUCGGCCAAGACAUCGUCCAGAUGGCUGGGUUCCAAGUUUCCAACCAGGUCUUUGCGGUGUGUGAGCAAGUCUCGGAUGGGCUCCUCCAAAGUCCAGUCUCGGGUCUGUUGGGACUUGCAUUUGAGACGAUUGCGUCCUCCAGGGCGAUGCCGUUUUGGGAGUCUCUGGUUACGGAAGGAGCUUGGGAUGAGCCGCUUAUGGCGUUCCAUUUGACGAGAUAUUUGAAUGUAACGAAUGUACAGGCUCUCGAACCUGGAGGGUCGUUCUCAAUGGGAUUCGCCAACACGAGUUUGUAUACCGGCGACAUCGACUAUGUCGACUUGCCGACCGAAGGAACAUAUUGGAUCUUGCCUAUCACAGGUAUUACUAUCCAGAAUAAUUCGAUCACACCGCCAACGGGGCAACAGUCCUACGCUGCUAUCGAUACCGGUACCACCCUCAUCGGCGGGCCUGAAAGUUACAUCUCCCAGAUCUUCGACCAAAUCCCCGGCUCUGCGCCUGGCACUGGUAGUUUCGAGAACUACUACACCUAUCCUUGCGACACGGACGUGACUGUCGAGAUGUCCUUUGGAGGAAGCCAAAGCUGGACCAUAAAUCCUGCCGAUUUCCGACUGACGAGGCUAACCCGAGAUAGCUGCCUUGGUGCAUUCUUCACGGUUACGACGCGCGGUGCGGCGCCCUCGUGGAUCGUCGGCGAUACGUUCCUUAAAAACGUUUACUCGGUCUUUCGGUACUCGCCCCCGUCGGUGGGUUUCGCCCAACUCUCCAGCCAGGCGUUAGCUGUAAACGGGAAUACGGAUAUCCCCGUCCCUACGCCUACUGUGGGAUCCAGCCCCGCCUCCGUGUCCGCUACUGGUUUGGUACCAGGGCUCAGCAGCGCUGCUUCUGCUCGAACUGGACACGGAUGCGAUGCAGUGUUGCUAGCUCUCCUCCCGCUGGGGGCUAACCAUGGUGUCGAUGUGGAUUACGGUGCUCAGAAUCGAUACAUUUAUGACGUGAUUUCGAUUCGUAGGGGAAUGUUGUACAAUUAA